AUGAAGCUGCAACAAAUAAGUUUUCAAGCACUAAUAAGCUCGGGGAAGGUGGAUUCGGUGAGGUUUACAAGGAUUCCUCUUCAGCUUUGUAAACUGAUUGAUCAUACAUGGAGUUUUGUAGACCUUGAAAAGCAAAGUCAGCUAGACUGGACCCAGCGUUACAAGAUCAUUGGAGGGAUUGCUAGAGGGAUUUUAUAUCUUCAUCAAGAUUCACAGCUAACAAUCAUUCAUCGUGACCUCAAAGCCAGCAACAUUCUCUUAGAUGUCAACAUGAACCCAAAAAUUUCAGAUUUUGGAUUGUCGACCAUCUUUGGAAUGGAGCAAACUCAGGGCAAUACCCACAGAGUAGCUGGAACCUAUGCUUACAUGUCUCCUGAGUAUGCAAUGCAUGGUCAAUACUCUAUGAAAUCUGACAUUUACAGCUUUGGAGUAUUAGUUCUGGAGAUUAUAAGCGGCAAGAAAAAUAGUGGCGUAUACAAGAUGGAUGAAACCAGCUUGGAGGCUUUGGAGGAAGGGGUCACCACUAGAGCUGGUAGUUCUGCAAUUGGAAGCAACUAUCAGAGUAAUGAAGUCACUAGAUGCAUCCAUAUUGCACUCUUGUGUGUUCAAGAUAAUCCAGAAAACCGUCCAAUGUUAUCAACUAUCAUUUUAAUGCUCACUAGCAACACAAUUACUUUACCAGUGCCUCAAUUACCGGGGUUUUUAUCAAGAAGCAUGCAUAGGCUAGACCCUCUAUCUGAGGAAUUAGUUGUGUCCGAGUGA